AAAUCACCACCGAGAUCCGAAACGACAAAAAAAUUUGUGCCUAAUUUUGUAAUGAAUUCCAUAGAGUCAACAAACAAAGAUCCUACGAAAGUUUACGAGUCAAAAGUUAAAGGCAAAGUCAUAUUACUUGAUAAUCCUUUAAAAACUUCUGAGGAAAAGAAAAAACGAAUCAAAUUAAGAAAACAAAUCAAAGCCAUGAGUGCAAAAGAAAAAAGAGAAACUAAGAUAUACGAGAUUCCAAAGGAAUGCCACAAGUAUGAAAUUUUUAUUCCUUUAAACGAACUCUGGCUUCAAUAUAUGGGAGAACUUAAUGGAAAUUCAAGUCCAGCCGUUUUUGCACAGAAAUUAUUAAAAGCUGAUUUUCAUGGUGCAAUUCUCACAG